AUGAGUUCGAAGGAGAAGAGAUUAGAAAAUUUAAAGAAAUUGCAAGCACAACGUGCAGGUGUCGAUGCCAGCGAUAGUGAAGUAAGUGAAGAGGAUAAAUUGUACGAUGAAGUGGAUGAAAACGAAUAUAGACGUAGGAAGCGCCAAGCUUUGUUACAGGAUGACUUUGUUGUCGAUGAUGAUGGUGUUGGAUAUGUUGACCGUGGUGUGGAUGAAUGGGACGGAAGAGACCAGUAUUCAAGUGAGGAUGAUGACGAAGUUAAAGAUGGAGUAAACGAUCAAAAAAAGAAAUCAAAAAAAAAUAAGAAACAAAUAAGUGAUCUAAUUCGGUCGCAACACUCUAAGACCGUCUUGUCUGGCCAAGUCACCAACAACACUCUAAAGAAGAAGAUUGCAGUGGAUGAUUUUGAUGAUAUCUUAGGUGAAUUUGAUACAGGUGAUGUUGAAAAACAGUCGUUCCCAAAGGCCAUUAUUCCAAAAAAUAAUUUGAAUGUAAAUAAAUUGCCAUCCUCUCCAUCCAUCUCAUUGGGGAAAAAAAGGGUUUCUUCUUCCACAAUUCAUUCUAGCAAUAAAAAGCCUAAAGUCGAAAUAAAUUCAAGCAUUAAUAUUGAUUCUUCGCCGUUGAAGUCGCAGCAUAAUAAAUCACUAAUGAAUAAUGACUUUGCUGGUUUACUUGAUGAUGUUGAAAAUUCGCCAACAAUGGUUAAACAAAAAGUGAUACCAAAAGAAGAAGAAGGGGAUGUCACCCCUGUCGCUCUUGAUGACGAUAGUGAUGAUGAUAUUAUAUACAAAAGAAGAACAAUGAGAAGUGUUACGGCAAGUAGAGAAAUCAAUCUGAACUCCAAAAGCAAUCCUUCCACGUCCCCAUUUGUUACUGCACCUGCUACCCCUAGCGAUAUAACUAAAACACCUUUCAGAAAGACUUUAGAAAGACAAACAUCAGAGCAUCUUGUUUUUCCAAACAAAUAUUCCAAAGAACAAAUUGUUAAUCCAGAAAACGGCAAGUUCCAAAUGUUCUGGAUGGACUUUUGUGAGGUGAACAACUCUUUGAUUUUAUUCGGUAAGAUAAGAACAAAUGAUGGUAAUUUAAUAUCAGGUAUGCUUCAGAUCAAUGGCCUCUGUAGAGAACUUUAUUUUCUACCAAACACUGAUAAAACACCAGAGGAAAUUCAUGAAGAAAUUAUUCCUCUUUUAUUAGAGAAAUAUGGUUUGCAUGAUAUUAGGGCAAAACCAGAAAAGAUGAAAUACGCAUUUGAGCUGCCAGGUAUACCUCAUGAAUCGACAUAUUUGAAAGUUUUGCUACCAUUCCAAACACCAAAAAGUAGUAACGAUUUAAUUCCGCCAGAUUUAUCAAGUGAAACUUUUAACCAUGUAUUUGGUGGUAACACAAACAUAUUUGAGGCGUUUGCAAUUCAAAAUAAAAUUAUGGGUCCAUGCUGGCUUGAAAUAAGCAAUGGGGACUUUAAUUCUCUUCAGAACUCCUCAAAUUGUGCCGUCGAAGUAUCUGUUCACAAACCUCAAGACAUUCAAGUUGCAGAUAAUAAGACAACUCCUGAUCUGAAGUGUAUAUCGUUGGCUGUUCAAACUGUUAUGAAUUCGAAGGAAAAUAAACAAGAGAUUGUAGCUAUAACAAUAUCUACAUACAACAACCUUUCCUUGGAUUCUCCAAUCCCAGAAGAUUUACAACCAAAUGAUAUUGUCACUUUGGUAAGACCACCACAUGGUGAGCAUUUUCCACCGGGGUUAGCAACCUUAGCAGGUCAAAAGUUGAAAGGUAAGAUUCGUCAAUUUAAUAUGGAAAAACCUUUGUUAGCAUGUUUUUGUGCUAUGAUGAAGGUAUUAGACGCGGAUGUGAUAAUUGGUCAUCGUUUGGAAAAUGUUUAUUUGGACGUAUUAGUUCACCGAAUGCAUGACUUAAAUGUUCCUACUUUUAGCUCUGUCGGUCGUCGUUCAAGAAAGACUUGGCCAGAUCGAUUUGGUAAAGGGAACCAAAAUAUGAAUCACUUCUAUAUUCGCGAUUUAUUUGCCGGGAGGUUAUUAUGUGACAUUGGUAAUGAAAUGGGUCAGUCUCUAACUCCUAAAUGCCAAAGUUGGGAUCUAGCAGAAAUGUAUCAAGUAACCUGUCAACACGAUCAUAAACCAUUGGAUAUUAACUAUCAAAAUCCUCAAUACCAUGAUGAUGUUAAUUUAUUAUCAAUGGCUUUGCAGGAAAAUAUUACAAACUCUAUGAUUGCAGCAGAAGUGUCAUUCAGAAUCCAGAUGUUAUCGUUAACAAAACAAUUGACCAAUCUAGCUGGUAAUGCAUGGGCACAAACCUUAGGUGGUACAAGAGCUGGUAGAAAUGAAUACAUUUUACUGCAUGAAUUUAAAAGAAAUGGUUAUAUUGUUCCGGAUAAAGAAACGAAUAAGAUGAGGUCCCAAAGACAACAAAAAAAGGCUGAUGAACAAGGGGAUGGGGAGGUAAAUACUGGGGCUGCUUCAAAAAAGGCAAAAUAUCAAGGUGGUUUAGUUUUUGAACCAGAGAAAGGUCUGCAUAAGAAUUAUGUUUUAGUGAUGGAUUUCAACUCUCUAUAUCCAUCGAUUAUCCAAGAAUUCAACAUUUGUUUUACCACGGUGGAGAGAGACCCAGAAAACAUUGAGGAAUUGCCAGAGGUCCCAUCAACAGACAUUGAACAAGGUGUCCUACCGCGUUUAUUAGCCAAUUUGGUUCAACGUCGUCGUGAAGUGAAAAAGAUAAUGGCUACAGAAAGUGAUCCUCACAAGCGAGUCCAAUGUGAUAUUAGACAACAAGCUUUAAAAUUAACCGCUAAUUCCAUGUAUGGUUGUUUGGGGUAUGUCUAUAGUAGAUUUUACGCUAAGCCAUUGGCUAUGUUGGUUACAAACAAGGGUAGAGAAAUUUUAAUGAAUACAAGACAAUUAGCUGAAAAUAUGAAUCUUCUAGUUGUUUAUGGUGAUACUGAUUCCGUUAUGAUUGAUACUGGUUGCGAUAAUUAUGCUGAUGCCAUUAAGAUUGGUAAUAAUUUUAAGAAGUUGGUAAAUGAUCGUUAUAAACUUUUAGAAAUCGACAUCGAUAAUGUUUUCAAAAAGUUGCUAUUGCAUGCAAAGAAGAAGUACGCCGCAUUAAAUGUAAGUAUUGAUAAAGAGGGGAAGGAGCGAACUGUCCUAGAAGUGAAGGGUUUAGACAUGAAACGUCGUGAAUUCUGUCCACUUUCCAAAGAUGUUUCAACUCAUGUUUUGACUACAAUAUUGUCUGAUAAAGAUCCGGAAACCGCGUUACAAGAAGUGUAUGAUUACCUUGAAAAUGUUAAGAACAAAAUGGAAAACAACGAGAUCAGAGCAGAUAAAUAUAAGAUUAAUAUGAAGCUUUCAAAAGAUCCUAAAGCCUACCCAGGUGGUAAGAAUAUGCCUGCUGUUCAAGUAGCAUUGAAAAUGAGAAAGGCAGGUAGAGUUGUUAAGGCAGGUUCCGUAAUAACGUUCGUCAUUACUAAACAAGAGGAGUCGGAAGAUAAGGAAAUAAUACCUGCAGCUGAUAGAGCGUACGCUUUGAAUGAGGUUAUGAAGAAAGAUAGUAACUUGAAACCGGAUCCUGAAUAUUAUCUGGAGAAACAAAUAUUCGCACCGGUGGAUAGAUUACUAGAAAGAAUUGAAAGUUUUGAUGUUGUCAGAUUGAGUGCAGCUCUUGGACUAGAUAGUAAGAAAUAUCUCAGGAGGGGAGAGAAUGGUGGCGGUACAGGUAACAGUAUCGAUAGUUUACAACCCUUAGAAACAACCAUCUCAGAUAUGGAAAGGUUUGCUGAGGUUGCUCUACUUGAACUAUCAUGUCCUAACUGUAACAUCGAAUUUCCAUUCGGUGGUAUUAUCGCUUCUAACUACUAUCAAAUGUGCUACAAUGGCUUACAAUGUAAGAAAUGUGAACAUAUGUUCACGCCACUCCAAAUAAGUUCCCAAUUAGAGAGUUGUAUUAGGUCACAUAUCUCGUUAUAUUAUGCGGGUUGGCUAACUUGCGAUGAUUCAACCUGUGGAAACGCCACGAGACAAAUAUCAGUUUUUGGUAAGCGUUGUUUAAAUGAUGGCUGUACUGGUGUUAUGAGGUAUAGGUAUUCUGAUAAACAAUUAUACAAUCAAUUGCUUUACUUUGGAUCGUUGUUUGAUAGAGAAAAGAACAAGAACCAGGAAUUAAAGCCCCUCUAUUUAACUGGUGAUUCCGAUUUUCCAAAAGAUUCAUUAAAGGAAUCGUCAAUACGGGCCUUAAGUGAACAAAAUAGAGAAUUGUUGGAGGUCAACCAAGGUGUAGUCCAGAAAUAUUUGAGCGAUUGUGGACGCCGUUAUGUGGACAUGGGGAGCAUAUUUGAUUUCAUGGUCUAA